AUGUCUCGAUUCUUCCGCAGCGGCGACGAUAGCUCGUCCGAGAGCAGCUCCGAAGAGGAGGAGCUCUACUCCGAGGAAGAGGAAGAAGAAGCGAAGGAGGAAGAAUCUGAAGAGGAGGACGAAGAGGAGGAUGAAGAUGAAGAUGAUUCCGAAGAGGAAUCUAGCAGCGAUGAAGAGGGUGGCAAAAAAUCCGGUGCUGCUCGUUUCUUACGUGGUGAUGAUUCCGAGAGUGAAGAAAGCGACGAUGAUGCUCCCAAAACUCUCAAGAGCGCAAAAGACAAGCAGUUUGCAGAGCUUGAAUCCACAAUUGACACCAUCGAGAAGCGUCAGAGGAUUAGUGAUUGGGGUGCCGUAUCUGUCGAAUUCGACAAGCUCAACAGACAAGCCGCCAAGAUUUCUGAGCGCGGAAGGACACCGAAGCUUUAUAUAAAGGCCAUCGUCGAACUAGAAGAUGCGAUGAACGAGACAAUUUCGAAGCAGAAGGUCACACCCAAGAAGAUGAACGCCACGAGCGCUCGUGGUCUCAAUGCCGUCAAGCAAAAGAUCAAGAAGCUUAAACAAGAUUAUCAAACCCAGGUCGAUGCGUACAGAGAGGAUCCCCUUGACUUCCUCGCUUCAGAUGAAGAGGAGGAAACACCUGUUCCGAAACCCAAGAAGGCUAAGGCAGACGUAUACGCUGACCAAGUCGAAGAAGACCAAGAGGGCUUUGCUACCGUCGGAAAGGGUGGAAAGACGCUCCUGUUCACGCCCGAGAGUAUCUUCAAGCACCUACGCGCAAUCUUGGAGUCUCGUGGUAAGAAGAAUACAGACCGGAUCGAGCAGAUCAAAAUCAUGGAGAAGCUUCUCGAAGUUGCCGCUACUCCAUACCAGCAAAUCAAGGUGCUUUUAACUAUUGUUUCCGCGAGGUUCGAUCUUGGCUCUGGUGGUACGGCAUCCAUGCCAUUGGAGCACUGGAAAUCUGCCGAGAAGGAAAUCUCAACCUUGUUCGAAGUGCUUGAGUCAAACCGGGAGUAUAUUGUGAUUGAGAACGCUGAGGAAUGGGAUGAUGACGAGAAGCCACCCACACUACAACCGGGCGAGAAGUAUAUUAAAAUCCCUGGAAGUAUUGUGUCGUAUGUUGAGCGGCUCGACGAUGAGCUCACGCGUUCAUUGCAAAAUAUUGAUCCUCACACGUCGGAAUAUAUCGAACGACUAACCGAUGAGGGCUCUCUAUACAAUGUUAUUUUCCGCGGUCUUUUGUACUACGAAACCCUCUCUAAGGACACGUCUUUGCAGACGCCACAGGACAGUCUAAACCGCAUUGUAAUGCGCAGAUUGGAGCAUGUCUAUUUCAAGCCUGCGCAGGUUGUCAAGAUCCUCGAAGAAAAUGCUUGGAAGCCGGUGCCCGCAGAUGUCGAAUCUACUAUUACCCCUAGAGGAAGCAUCUCGGAUGCUACUAAUCUCCUCAACGUCCUUUGCAAUUACUUGUUUGUUAACAGCGAGGGUAUCAUUCGAGCACGUGCGAUGCUGUGCCAGAUAUACUUCCUCGCCCUACAUGACGAGUACUACAAGGCUCGAGACAUGAUGCUCAUGUCCCACUUGCAGGAAACAAUUGGCAGUUUCGACGUCCAAACGCAGAUACUCUACAACCGAACCCUGGUGCAAGUUGGUCUGUGCGCUUUCCGUAAAGGUCUGGUCUAUGAGGCGCAGAACACGUUACAGGAAAUCUGCGGUAGCGGCCGACAGAAGGAAUUGCUGGCUCAGGGCGUUAUGAUCCAGCGUUUCGCUCAGGUCUCUCCCGAGCAGGAGAGGCUAGAAAAGCAGAGACAGCUACCCUUCCAUAUGCACAUCAACCUCGAGCUUCUGGAGUGUGUCUACCUAACUUGCAGCAUGCUCCUAGAGAUUCCGCUCCUCGCUCAAACUGGCUCCUCGCCAGAUAUUAAGAAGCGAGUUAUCAGCAAGACAUACCGACGUAUGUUAGAGUAUCAUGAGCGGCAAAUCUUCACCGGACCUCCCGAGAACACUCGUGACCACGUCAUGCAAGCAUCUCGUGCCUUGGCUGCUGGGGAAUGGAAGAAGUCGAUCAACUUCAUCCACAGCAUCAAGAUAUGGGAGUUGAUGCCAAACACGGAGGAGAUCAAGACCAUGCUGUCGAAGCAGAUCCAAGAAGAGGGUCUACGAACAUAUCUCUUCACUUAUGCUCCCUACUAUGACACUCUUGCCAUCUCCACGCUCUCUUCUAUGUUCGAGCUCGAGGACCGCAAGGUCUCGGCCAUUGUUAGCAAGAUGAUUAGCCACGAGGAGCUGGCUGCUGCACUCGACCAGGUCACAUCAACGGUCAUCUUCCGAAAGGGCGUAGAGCUAUCUCGCCUUCAGAGUUUAGCGCUCACGCUGUCGGACAAGGCGGCGCAACUCAUCGAGACCAACGAGCGCACUCUCGAGCAACGGACACAGGGUACAGCCAACGCCUUCGACAGGAGAGGCGGACAGAACCAGCGAGGUGGCCGGGGUGGGGGGCAACGAGGAGGGCGAGGCGGCCCGAGGACGGGUGGGACUGGUCAAAGACAGGCUGGUGGUACACAGUUUACAGGUGGCGUACUAAGUGGUGCAGUCCGCACUUAG